AUGGCCUUCCGCCAGUCGACCUUCCGCCAGUCUGGCUAUCAUGGCCCACGACCCCAACGAAUAUAUACCGCACCCGAAGAGACUCAAGCUGCCGCCCUCGCUCCGCAGUCCCAACAAAUAGCAGAUUCCCAAGAAUGGGUUCUGUUCUCCCCCUCGGCGACUUCGACCACCGACCGCACCUACGCCACUUCCUCAGAUCCCACAUGCACGGCGGGGCAUUCGCAGAUCAGCCACGUUGGUAGUGUGGGCACCGGUGCUAGGAGCUAUGGGUACGGUUUUGAUGAUGGGGGCGGCCAUACUGAGGACGGGGAGGAGGAUGGGGAGCUGGAUAGCCUGGACAGCCAUCUACAGGAAUUCCGGACGGAGCCCAGCGUAUAUCGGUCAGAAGAGACAAGAGACAACCAGCAGGCUGGCGGCACUGUCCUGCCUACCCAUGACGGGCUUGGGAGUUUCCGGGUCCAUCAGACGCUCAUGGGAGACGAGGUACAGGAGCAGCUAUACGCCUUUGAGAGAUACAACCCCAGGAGAGUGAAAAGACGACGAGAUAGUGUGGAGUUGGGGGUAGCAGAGUUAGAGAGCGAAAGGGUAGUAGAGGCAGAGCGGACGCGGCGAAUUGAGAAGUGGAGAAUGGAGCAAAGUCAGCUACUGGUGGAUGAGAUACAGAAGGAGACGAGAAGAAGGGGACGGUCACUAUCAACAGAGAAGAUGAGCAGAAUGGAUGAUCGUGAGCAAGAUGAUAUGGCUACCUUAAGCGACGUAGGUCCUUCUGGUCAUGGGGAGGGCGAGCUAGCAGACGAUGACAACGGGAGCUUUUGGCGGAGAGUCACCAAGAGAGUGAUUCAAGAUCUUAUAGGCAUCGAUGAUGACCUCCUAUCAAUCAUCUUUGGCGAAGCCUUACCGGACGAUGACGAGCUUUUAAGCUCGCCGCCAGCUAAUCGAUCCGCUGCUUCGGCAAACGUACUUGCUCAUACGAAUCAACUGGAGCAGUCGUCUUGGGAAUACCGGCUCCUCGAACGGAUAGCUCGAGAGCUGGGAAUUCUGGUCAACCACCUCACCGAGCACCCCGAUGCUUUCUCUACUUACCUGCGCUCCCAACAAGGCCCCCUCCCCUAUGCAGGUCUCCCCGUCAUCCCGGAAUCCUCCCGCGAUCAGGCACUUCCAUCUGUUUCCCAAACAAACACAUCGGCAGUUCCGAAUACACCCGUGGACCCUCACUUCAUCCCUACACUACAAACAGCACAACCCCGCCCGAUUCCCAAUGGCAACACAUCAUUCCACUCUCCACUCGCCGACGCCGACGCUACACCACGUGCCUCACACCUCCCAUCGCAGCCCCAGCUCUCUCGGGAAGAAUGGGAACGUGACCUUGACGUUAAGAUGGUCUUCCGCUAUCUUCGGUCUCGCUUUAUAUCUCGAUUCGGUAGCCCCGAUUCAGCAAGUAUAGAACCAGGCCUUGACUUCAGCACGGCAGGGACAAGCCAUCUUGCAACUGCAAGCACGGCUGAUACCGCCGCCCGGGCCGCUAGAGUACGACAACACCACCCACUUGUCAGCCGCUUCGAGAAUAGACGGCGCAGUGUCGAGCGUAGGACCUGGAAGGCUUCUGUACCUGGCGGUGCAAGUGCGGUAGCCAGAAGCCAUGCUAAGAGAGGUAGCAGUACCUGUGCCAGUGAGCGCUUAAGCCUGAGCGCGAAGCGGAAUAGCGGGUCUAGCAGUAGACAUUAUUGGGAUUGGGGUGCCGGACAGAGUGUGGGGAGCGGGAGUCUGAUAGCGAGCACCGGUGUCAUGGGGAGUUGGGGAGAAGUAUAG